AUGGCCAACUCCAAAGUCAAACCGGGUAGACCUGUGAUCAAGGCUGAUACGUCAUUCAAGAGUCCAUCGAUACCAGAGUUGAGCAAAGACAAGAAUGAAGUUGUACUCGGCCUCUUGAGCAAUCUUCUGGAACCCAUUGGACGACAUCGAGCUGUGCAUACUGUGAAAUCUUUGGGUAAAAGUUCUAAGAAGCGCAAGAGGGUCUCUGAGCAGAAGACAAGCCCGGCUGUUGAGCCAAAGCCAGUGGAGCCAGAGAUACUAAAAUACUUGACUGUUGGUUUGAACACGACAAGCCGCCACCUGGAAACCGAAGCUGCUUUGUCUAAACCUGGAACACUUGCACCUGUGGACAAGGAGAUUAAGGCGGGGCAAACACCCAGAAAACGAUUGGCCGUCGUCUUCCUUCCAAAGCCAAAGGACAACCUGAUGUACGCGCAUCUACCUUUGUUGUGUUAUACAUCAUCAGCAACUCAGAAGGACAAGACACAGCAGACUCGUCUGGUUCUCCUGGAUCCUUCGUCUGAACGGACCAUCGCUACAGCAAUGAGUCUCCCUCGAGCUGGCGUAAUCGGGGUGUUUGAGGACGCACCAGGCGCUGGACCUCUCUUAGAAUAUGUGAAAGAAAACGUGGAUCCUGUCGAAAUUCCCUGGCUGGGGAAAGCGCUAUCUGGUCAGUGGAUGGGCAUGAAUGUCGAAACACAUAUACCUGGUCAAGUCUGA